UCUCGCUGUGGUAGUUUGGUUCUCUUCCUGGAGAAGCGUUGAAUCGAUUCCUUGGUGCGUGGUGAUUGCCGAGGGGAGCGAGAUGUUACAGAAGCGCAAGGCCUCCGGCGACCCUCCCGGGACGUCGCGGCCACCUGCACGGAUGAGGGUCGCCACAACCGACGACGAAGACGUGUAUCCCAUGGACCCCCGGAUCAAUGCAGGCCUCGGGAGAGGCGGGGAGCGCACGAGGGAGGAGGUGGUGCCUCCGCCGCUGCCACAGCCGCAUCCUCUGCCGACGGCAGGAGUGAACGCCAACCAGGCAGCCAACUUUGCGCAGCCAGCGCCGGGACAGAUCGACUACAUCGGUCGCCGGUUCGUGAAUGGCCGCUUCGAGAUGUUUGAUCGAGUAGCUGUCGGCCAGGAAGCGUCGUCCCCGGUUGAUCGAGCAUCUGGCAGCGAGGAAACGUUGUCCUGGUCUGAUGAAGCAGAAGCGCCGUCGUCCGAGAACGAGGAGGGGCUCCCUACGGCGGCAGAACAUCCACAGGGGCAGCGACAGCCGCCCGCUGUUCAGCCCGCAGUGGCGGACGCGCAGGCGCCGCCACUGCCCAACGAUGAUCGGGCCGUGAUCGCAGCGGCGGCGCCCGCGCCCGCUACAGCGGCCGCCGAGUACAUUUGGUGCUCAGCUUGCCUGUUGCGGCCAGCGUCGGUGCGCCUGGUACCGGAGAUGCACAUCUGCCACUGCGUGCCCUGCCACUUCGCCCCGUCCGGCAGGCCCAACUGCCCGGUUUGCGACAGUUGAGGUUUGCCCGUCCAUCGCCCCGUCCAUCCGUAUGCAGAGUAAGGAGUUCGUCAGUUCCCCAUUCUGGAGUCGAUGCUAGUGCUACAGUCGCCUAGUGACGUUGUGCAGUAAUUGGUGUCACUUCUGAAUCUUCUGAUACUACGUACAAGCAGUAGAUUUUUGUUCUGCUGAUGUGUGAA